AUGGCUUCCGCCAACCGGCACAACGGCCAGGCUGCUGCCGUCGAAGACCCUAGCUGGAACAACCAGACAGCCCCGGCGGCGCAGGCGUGGAACGCGCAGGCCUUGCUUGCCCCGCGCAGCAAGCAAGCCGUUCCUUCUCCAGCUCACGGCUAUCCCCAACGCAGCUACCCCAUGACAAACCAAUUCGCCGGCGCACAACACAAUGGCGGCAUGGUCUUCGAGUUCACCGGUCCUUCCGACAUGUCCAACGACUCACUCCCUUCAUCCGUGCCAUCGACCUCAUCGACACCAGUCACCGACGGCCGAUCGACACCAAAUGGCCAUAUGCAGGGUUUAGGCGGCAUGAUCGAGCGCAUGAACGGCGUCCAAGAUCGCGCAUAUGCCCCCGCAAUAAAGAGACGCAAAGUCGACACGCCCGAGGCUGACGCUGAGAUGACUGGAAAGAAAGGUAUGGGCUCUGGGGGAAGCGGCGUGCUCGGCGCCUACGUGAAAGAAAAGCGAGAGGAGGCGCAACAAAAUGGGACCGCAAGGACCACACACACAGUUGAUUUGACAUUGGUGGAUGAUGAUGAUGUUAAGGUGAUUGAACACCCCGACAACGAAGAGGUAUGCUAUGGCAUGCUUCAAGGCAAGGUUCUCUGCAGCAUUGUGCCGUCUGCUAAACCCGGAGCCAAGAGCCUGUUUGGUGACAACUGGUUCCCGCCCGCUAAGGUCGUGGCGAAGCGGAUUACUGGAGAUAAAUCAAAGCGCAUCUCACUUUACGACUUCACCCGGGAGAUUAUUGGCAAUAUUGACGAAAUGACAGCCGGUGCUCUUACGCCCCUGAUGGAUGCCAAUAUGCAAAUCAGGACCGAUUGCAGAAUACCUGCGCGGAAGAAGCAACCAGGGGAGGAGCCGCGGUCGAGAGUGUCCAAGCUGUACCCCCUCGAACUGGUCAUCUAUGGGCCCAAGAAGUGGGCAAAGCCCGUGGCAGACCAUUUCAAAAAGAAUUCAAUGGUCCUGCGCCACCCCAACAGGGUAGACAAGGGCAUUAAGUAUGUCAACUACCAAGUAGUGACAACCGAGCCAGCGGCACCGAGACCGCAGGCCAACGGACGGACUCUGCCGAACAACUUUGUGCCGGGCAUGGCAAUUGCCCAGCGGACUGUCGAAGAGAUGCGUUCCGAUGUCAUGGGCGUGUUCGAUCAAAUGGGCAAGAACAACGAUGUUCCCGAGCUGGAGCCAUCGGACCUCAUUGUCACACCCCUACUGAAGCACCAGAAGCAGGGCCUGUACUUCAUGACGAAUAAGGAGGCCGACGCCACGUGGGAGCAGCGAACGACAGACUCAUUUUACAAGGCCCGUAUAAGCUCGACGGGGCAGCGGGUUUUCCUCAACGUCGUCACCGGUCUGAACGAACGGCAGCUGCCCCCACAAACAAGGGGCGGCAUCCUUGCCGACAUGAUGGGACUCGGCAAAACACUCAGUAUUCUCUCUCUCGUCUGCCAUACGCUCACCGAAGCACAGACCUGGGCGCAGUCUCCCUUGAUACAACCCGAGGAGCCUCCCCAGAAACCGUCGUCCAUGUCUGCAGCCCUCAACACAUUGGGUCUCACGAAACUGAAAAGAAACGCCAAGACCACGUUGCUGGUAUGUCCACUGACGACCAUCUUCAACUGGGAGGAGCAAAUAAAGCAGCACAUACAGCCUGGCAAGUUUAGUUAUUAUGUGUAUCACGGCGCUACCCGCAUCCGAGACGUUGAGCAACUGGCACAGUAUGACUUGGUCAUCACCACAUAUGGCUCCAUCUCCACAGAACUCGGUCUGCGCAACAAGCGGAAGCCGGGCAAGUAUCCCAUGGAGGAAAUUGGCUGGUUCCGUAUCGUGCUCGAUGAGGCACACAUGAUCCGCGAAACGUCAACGCAGCAGUUCAAGGCCAUCGUCCGCCUGCAAGCCAACCGCAGAUGGGCUGUGACCGGCACGCCGGUGCAGAACCGGCUCGAGGACCUGGCUGCUCUUCUGGCAUUUUUGCGACUCAAGCCGUUCGACGACCGGAACCGCUUCAACCGCUUCAUCGUCGACCCGUUUAAAGCCUGCGACCCCGAGAUCGUCCCCAAGCUUCGCAUCAUGGUGGACAGCAUCACGAUGCGGCGAUUGAAAGACAAGAUCGACCUUCCUCCUCGUACCGACCAUGUCAUCAAGCUUGACAUGACCCUGGAGGAACGUCAAGUCUACGAUCUGUUUGAGAAGAACGCUCAAGAUCGAGUACAGGUCUUGUCUGCCAAUGCCGAAUCGAGCAAGGGGGCCCUCGGUGGCCAGACGUAUAUUCACAUUCUGCGCUCUAUCCUGCGUCUGCGUUUGCUUUGUGCGCACGGUGCCGACCUCCUCAACCCAGACGACAUGCAAGCUCUGGAGGGCAUGACAGCAGACAUGGCUAUUGACCUUGAUAGUGAUGACGAAAACUCCAAUAAACCGGCACUGAGCGAACGCCAAGCAUACGAGAUGUUUGAGCUGAUGCUCAAUACGAAUGCUGACAAGUGCAGUCAGUGUACCAAGAAACUCGGCGCCAGCGAUGGCGCUAGUAUCGAGUCCGAGGGGCAAGAGGAAAUUCUUGGGUACAUGACGCAGUGCUACCACGUCAUUUGCGGCCCUUGUUUCAAGAAGGUCAAGGAGUUGGCCAAAGAUCAGCCGGGCCAGUGUCUAUUCUGUCCCAACCAAGUCGAUAUGCAGUACAUUGCACUGAAGCGCGCUCGUGCCAACGUCGAGCACGACGGUCACAUCAAGGCCAAGGCUGCCAAUAACGGCAAGAGGACGUUUGACAGGUACAACGGGCCUCACACUAAAACAAGGGCCCUGCUGGAGGAUCUGCUGAAGUCGGAAGCCGAGACUGCUGCAAACCCUACGCUGCCUCCGUUCAAGUCGGUCGUCUUCUCCUCAUGGACGACCCACCUUGACCUCAUUGAAAUGGCGCUUGACAGCGUAGGCAUCGCUUAUUCGCGACUCGACGGUAAGAUGAGCCGCAACGCGAGGACCAAGGCUAUGGAUGAAUUCCGUGAUAAUCCCUCGAUUCACGUCAUCUUGGUGUCUAUCAUGGCCGGUAGUCUCGGCCUGAACCUGACUUCAGGCAACAACGUAUAUGUUAUGGAGCCGCAGUAUAACCCUGCCGCAGAAGCUCAGGCCGUCGACCGUGUGCAUCGACUAGGCCAAAAGCGUCCUGUGCAGACUGUACGCUACAUUAUGCGGAACAGUUUCGAGGAGAAGAUGAUCGAGUUGCAGGACAAGAAGAAGAAGCUCGCUAGCCUCAGCAUGGAUGGCAAGGGCAAGGCCCUCGAUAGAGGAGAUGCAGCGCGGCAGAAGCUGAUGGACCUGCGGAGUCUCUUCAAGUGA